UCACUGACUUUCUCAGCCACAGUGUGCUCUCACUGCUGCUGCUCUCCAUCUAUCUGGCUCUUAUCUUUUUAUUGUAUCUUUAUCUUUUCUUUUUUUUUCUUCUUUGCACUUGCUUCCCCCUGUCCUCUCAUUUCUCUGCCUCUUUUACUACUCGACUCUCUCUCUCUGUGCCACCACUCUUUUCAUCCUCAUCUGUACUCCUGAGCCUGAGCAGGCAGAACCUGCGCAGACGGGAGUUUGUUGUGCCGAAGAGGGUUCCCUUCUUCUUUUUUUCUUUUUCUAUUCUGUGUGUUGAACUGAAGAGAGAAGAAAGGCACCACCCAGGAACAGUAGACCAUCAUUUCAUGAAGAUAUGUGGAGACUCAGGAACUGAUCUCCUCCUUCAGCUUUUCUCUAGCUGUUUGUCUUUCUGAUUUUUUAUUUUUUAUUUUUUCAUUGCAACACCUGGAAUGCUUAUUGUGAACUGAUGGAUGUUUCCGAACUUUGCAUCCCAGACCCUCUCUGCUACCACAACCAGCUGCUAACAAGAAUGCCCUCUGACGACCGACACCUUUCCUCAAGCUGUGGUUCUUAUGUCAAAACUGAGCCUUCAAGUCCGUCCUCCUCGCUCGUGGACACCGGCAGUCACCACAGUCCCAGCGGCAACUCCGACGCCAGCAACGGCUACGUCAACGGCAGCGGACGUUCACACGCAUUGGAUUCCCCACCGAUGUUCAACCCGGCCAUGCUUGGCGGCGGCGGCGCCUGCUUACGCCGCUAUGAGGAAUGGUCCGGCGGCAUGGCAGACGACUCGCCAAUCAAGUGCGAGUACAUGCUCAACGCCAUUCCUAAGAGGCUAUGCCUGGUGUGUGGCGAUAUUGCCUCAGGGUACCACUACGGGGUGGCCUCCUGUGAGGCCUGCAAAGCCUUUUUCAAAAGGACUAUACAAGGGAAUAUUGAGUACAGCUGUCCAGCCACCAACGAGUGUGAGAUCACAAAGAGGAGACGAAAGUCCUGCCAGGCCUGCCGCUUCAUGAAAUGUCUUAAAGUUGGCAUGCUGAAAGAAGGUGUGCGUCUGGACCGGGUCAGAGGAGGACGACAGAAGUAUAAGCGGAGGUUGGACACAGAAAAUGGCACCUACCUCGGCCUCACAAUUCCCCCUCCUGCCAAAAAGCCAUUGACAAAGAUCGUUUCCCAUCUCCUGGUGGUGGAACCAGAGAAGAUCUAUGCCAUGCCCGACCCUACCAUGCCUGAUGGAGAUAUCAAGGCCUUGACCACUUUGUGCGACCUCGCUGACCGCGAGCUGGUGGUGAUCAUCGGCUGGGCCAAACAUAUCCCAGGUUUUUCCUCACUCUCGCUGGCAGACCAGAUGAGUUUACUGCAGAGUGCCUGGAUGGAGAUCCUGGUGCUGAGCAUUGUGUUUCGCUCGCUGCCUUGUGAGGAUGAGAUCGUGUAUGCGGAGGACUAUGUGGUGGACGAGGAGCAGGCAAGGAUCUCAGGCCUGCUGGACCUACACGUUGCCAUUCUGCCGCUGGUCCGGCGCUACAAGAAGCUGCGCAUCGAGAAGGAGGAAUUUGUCACGCUCAAAGCCAUCGCACUUGCCAACUCUGACUCCAUGCACAUAGAGAACAUCGAGGCUGUCCAAAGGCUCCAGGAUUCCCUACAUGAGGCCCUGCAGGAUUUUGAGGGCUCUCAGCACCCAGAGGACCCCCGACGGGCAGGCAAGCUGCUAAUGACCCUCCCUCUGCUCCGUCAGACGGCUACCAAGGCCGUUCAGCACUUCUACAGCAUCAAAAUGCAGGGCAAAGUCCCCAUGCACAAACUAUUUCUGGAGAUGUUGGAGGCCAAGGCUUGACACCUGGGUCAGAUGCUUGACAGACAGUUGCAUCAUCUGGUCCGAGGCAGCCCAUAAGAAAUAAAGGUGGAGUGCCAAUUGAGUCAAAAGUUUGAAGUUUGGACUCCAGGGUCAUUUUAACGCUUUUAAACAGCACUAAUAAAAGAAAAAGAGUGAGUCGGACUAGUUUUAAAAAGGAUGACUAUCAACCUAAUUGAAGUGGGAUCAUGAUUAUGUAUAUAGAGACAGAAAUAAGGUAAUUGGGGUCUUGUUAUAACCAAAGACCCAUUUAUCUAUAUCACCUGAAGCUUCUGUGAAUUUCUUUCUUAUUUUAUUUUGUUUUUAAAAAUGAAAGUGUAUUAAUAUAAAUGUCCAAAAGAACUGUACAGCUACAUAGCCACAUGGUGUGUUUCUGUUUUCUUUUUCUCAUAUUUUUCAAUCUCAGUUGUUAAAGCAAUAGUCUAAAUCUGGUCUACAUAUAUAUGUCUACUGUAAAUUAUGUGAAAUUGCACUUGACACAGGGGGAAAACUGUUGGACAUAUUCUUAAUCUGUCAUCAGAAAAAGUAAGGCCAGAUUUCCCAUUUCCUCAUAAUGUAUUUACCUCAUGGUAGCUUCAUCGACUCGGUGGUUCAGUCGACUUGGUGCUUGCAGAAGGACAGUGGUUGGCUAGUGAUCACUGCUCACUAAGUGUUUGCACUAAGCAUCUAUGAAUAAUGUGGCAAUAAUGGGUAUCGUUCAAAAUAGCUUUGUCUGAGUCUCAGUCAGCGUCUUUUUUUUGUUUGUUUUUUUUGCUUAUAGAGACUGAACCAUGUCCUGUCUUCUCUCUGUGUUAAUCGAACAUGCAUACUAGCAACUAAACAUGCUGUGAAACGUAGACAUGAGAAUGAUAAGCUAUAUUUUGUGCUGAGGAUUUCUAAGCUUAACUGUAUAGCUGUGUGUCAGAAAUAUUUUGUGAAAAGACACAGUACCAGCAACCUCUCUUAGUUUAAUGCAAUCUAAUACACUGUUUAAUGCAAGCUGAUAGCCCAACAAUAAAUAUUACUUUUGUGAUGAUUGUAUUUUUCAGUCCGUGUCACAUAGUCACCCAUUCAAUGCUCUGGUAUCGUUGCAUUAUAUUGUCAAAGUUUUUAUUUUUCUAAGUUUUUUUUUAAAGGUUUUCAACAGUAGUAUUGACUAUACUGGUUUAAAUGACCAUUGUUUCUGGGUCAGCUGAUAUCGGGAUGGCAGUUUUUGUUUUUGCAUGGUGGCAAAGAAAUAACCUUUGAAUUAGCCUUUGCCGGUUUUAAUAUCUUUAAACCAGUCCUAGACAUUCUCAUUCCCUUUGGUCAUAUCACUGUCCAAACAGGGAGUUCGUGAACAUAAUUUACCAUUUGUUUCUACCAAACUUAGUAUGCAAGCCUGGACAUCCAAGCCAGGAAGUCUUGUGAAUCAGUCAGUAUCUGAAUUUAGAAAUAAUUAGAUGACAGCCAAUAGAAACCAAACUUUGAGGUCAAUACUUCCCUGAUUACAAAAUGUUAUCUCUCUCAAACAUGUUGUACAUUUUUUACUGAAAAUCUCUGUGUAUUAAUUGGUUUUUGAUCAUUGUAAUACAUCCUUUCCAAACGUCUGUGCAUCAGCAUAACACCUGUGGGUUUUGAUCACUUUUUAUUGUUCUGGAUUUCUUUUUCUUAGAAGAUUUGGACUACAGGGUAACAUGAUAAGGCUUAGCCAGAUAAAAGUUACAUUUUUCAUGCCCCAAAAAAAAGUAAUCUUAUGCUGUAUUGUGACUGUUUUUCAUAUAAUUAUAGCUCCUUUAUGAAUCUGUUGAGAUAGUGAAACUACAAAAUAUUGAUUAAAGUGAUAAAAGGCAGAAAUGUAUUUUGUCUCUUCUCAAACCAACAGUCCACUGCAAAUAUUUCUCUGUAAAAUGACAAGUAAUUAUAAGUAAUUUCACUCUGAACUGCAAAAAUGAUGACAUUAUUGUAGUUCAGUGAUGUUUUUCCUCUUCAUUUGUUGAAGUUGAUUUGAAUGAAGGUGCUAAUCAUCUAGUAAAGUUCUGUGUACAAACACGGACACUAAUAAAUAGAUAUAAUCCAGAAAUUAUAGUAGAAUUUUAUAGUGUAAUGUCUAUCAGUGGUAAACCAGUUGCCAAAUAAUUCAAAGAAAGCAGUAAUCAUAAUAUGAUAUUUAACAACAUGUCAUAUUUCUUACUGUACAAAUAGCCUGAGCAGAUUUCAUUAGACAUGCUAUCGUAAGAUCAAAAAGAUGUAAUGAUAAGUUAAGCAGCUGCUCUAAGGACUUUAGUGAGACAGAUGCUGUCUCUUGUGAACAUUUUAAAACAGCUGUGUUUAAAGUGUCAAGUGCCAUUAGCUUAUGCCCAAACAAGAAGAAAACAUAAAGCCAAGCGGCCAGUAACUAUCACGUUCCCCAGAGAGUUGCUAUUGAUUCACUGUAAUGUAAUGCAUAGAUAAUUAUAACCCAAUGCCAUAGAGAAUAUGGUGCCCAUAGAGCACUUCCCCUGUUGUUAACCAGCUAAUCCAUCCCUAGUUGAAAUGGGGAUUAGUAUUUAUUCAGUAGUAAACCAAAGCAGAAAACUGGCACAACUGCAAUCUGAGCAGGCCUGCUGUUCUACAUAAAAGUGGAUGUUACAGCAUAUCAUCAGUGAUUAGAAUGUAAAUCUGUUGUCUUCAUUUAUUUUAGAUUCCUUCAUUUAGUAGAGUGUAAAAGAACACAGUUUGGCCUGACCAAAACUAGAAAAACACACCUUCACCUGAUCAUUCAUAGACUCCCUCCAUUCACUUGAGACUUGUAGAUAACUGUUACCCAACUUUACACUCUCUCAAAUUAAUAUUGAAUAAUAAAAGAAAAAAAUGGCCACUUUAUUUUCAGACUUCUAAAAUGGUUCUACUACAUCCAAUUAAUUCUGAUAGUCUCCUAAGCUGAAAUUCUCAAUAGAAAUGGAGCAAUUAAAUUUCAGCUUUGGCUCUACCUUAGGGACGGGAGACGUUUUAUUUCGGUUGAUGGUGGGGAGGGUUCUUCUUGAAACCCUCACAAAGGCGAUUUCAUUGGUGUCUGUAAUAGUUUCAUAACAGAGCUGCGAUCACUGGGCUAUGCAAGGCAAAUUCAGCCACCUGUGUUCGUUGUGUGGUGGAGCAUUGCAUUGAUAUUUUGUUGUUGCUUUGUAUGCAAUGUGGACAUGCAAAACAAACGCAUUCUGCAUAUUUCCCUGUACUAUACUGUAACUGCUGUGCAUUGAUGUGACUAUGAUCACUUGUUUCAUUUGCAACUUUAAUGUAUUCUCAUGUGGGAUUAGGAACUUCAAUUCAAAUUUAGAGCCCACUGUAAAAAAAAAAAAGAAAAAAGAAAAGUGUAUUGACUCAUGAUAAGUCUGAAUAAGUUCAGUAUAGAUGUGGUGGAAGGUGGGAUCUCACUUUUUCUGUGUCUUUGUGCCUCUCUGUGGUGAAACACUCUGUGUCAUCAUACUUUUUUGUUAUUAGCACAUUAGGACAUAUAGUGGCUGAAGUUGUCUAGACCCUAUACCUCAGUUCAUAUUUUGAAAAUUACACUGGGUUUGGAAGCGGGCCAUGAGUUCCUCCUGGGAAUCUGUGCCACAGAAAUAAAGUGACAUCACCGGCUGGGUAUUAAAAAAAUGUAGAUGAACGUACUGCAAUUGGGGGAAUACAUUCCUCGGAGGAAAGAGCUGCUUAUUCGCUGCUCCAUUUGUGGUUUUAUCUCCAUGCACUCUGAGAUGGCAUGAUUUACAUAAAACAUGGAGGAACCUCCCUGGCCAUUCUGGUCCACGGUGUAUAAGGAACCCUGCUAGGUGCGUGCACCUCAGACAUGUGAUUACCCAAGAGAUUUACUUCCUUAAGAAGCAAUAGGUUAACAUGUGUGAUAUAUGAAUCAAAUUAGAAUGAGCUUUGGUUAAUUUUAAUGAUAAACUUCCCCUAUGCUUGGAGGAGGGCAGGCUAACUAUGCACGCUGUCCUGGAAAGGGAAAAACCCACAGCUGGGGUUGACUGGACAGUCCUGUGUGAUAUUUUCAUGUGUUUCGUUUGUUGUGCUCAUGCCUUCUGUAUCCAUAUGUAAAUAUAUGCUUUUUCUUGGGGAUGAAUUAAUGAGUCUAAUAAUGCACUGAAUGUACAGUGACAAUAAAAUCACCUGGU